GGCUCUUCCUCUGUUGAUGCUUAUCUCAGGUUUUUGGACUUACAUUAUUCAAGUGUCUUCUAUUGUUGGAGCGGAAGAGAAGAAUGGCCUCGUGUCUUUGAAUGCAUGAGCUGACACUAACGAUGGCUUGUGCCCAGGGUUUCUAUAACAUCAGCCCGGCGAAGGACAGCUGUGAGCCUUUGCAGACCUUCCCAUCAUGCACCUGUCCGGCACUCUUAAACACGGCUCUUCCUCUGCUCACGGCUCCAGUGAUGACGGACUCGCCGCUCAUACUGAUUCCUGGAUCUGCAUCGAAGAGCCCCGUUACUCAGGCUCUGUGCGGAACAGGAAGUGCCUCGAUGGUCUCUGCUGGCUGUGUGCACCUGCUGGGCGUCUCUGAACUGGCCCCGUACUCGCUAUCAGCACUGAUGCCUCAUCUGUUAAACCCUCCUGAGAGACUCAUCCGCCCUCACUGACCCUAAAACCACAGCCACAGAUGAAGAGAUCAGCAUACAGGACUCCAAAAACCCCUCUACAGACGAGACGGAUGUCUCUGGGAUCAGACUCUGUUCAUCAUGUCCGUCACGUCUGGCGUUAAUUACGACCCUCAUCCCCACCUUCAUCAUCCUCACUCUCUGCAUCGCCGUCACAGUGAAGUUCGUGUGUUUUCCAAACAAAGAGCGAGACAUUGAGCCCCCUGCUGGCGGCUCACAGAACUGCACCGUCUCUCCAGCGCCCUUCUAUUCUGUCAAAUAUCCAGCCAAUGACACGGUCAGCAUUCCCUCGGAUUGCUCCGCAGCAAUGAACGCUGGGUCUCAUGGGUCGCGUAUUGUCGGUGGUACGGAGGCUGUGAAGGGUCAGUGGGGUUGGCAGACCAGUUUACAGUAUCGGGGCAAACACGUGUGUGGAGGAGCCAUCGUCAGCCCACGCUGGGUCAUCACUGCCGCACACUGCUUCAUACAAUAUAACAUGAAGCUGGAGUCGGACUGGAUCGUGGUGGUUGAUACCGUGAGCGUCUCAGAUCUGUCUCAGGGAAAACGCUACCAAACACUGCAGAUAAACUCGCAUCCUCGAUUCUCACUGGACAACAACGACUACGACCUGUGUCUGCUGCACACAAAGACAGAGAUAGAGAUGGGAGACGGCGUGAGACCCGUUUGUUUGCCCCGUCUGAGAGAGUCUUUUCCUCCGGGAUCGUCCUGCUGGGUGACGGGCUGGGGUUACACACGGGAAGGAGGGUCUGUGUCGUCACACCUGAGGCAGGCUUCGGUUCAGCUGAUCGAUCAGGCCGUCUGCUCACAGCCCUAUGUGUACGGCUCACAGCUCACUCCCAGAAUGCUUUGCGCCGGCGUUAUGGAGGGAGGAGUGGACUCCUGUCAGGGAGACAGCGGGGGUCCUCUGGUGUGCCGGAGUGAAGCGGGUGACUGGCGUUUGGCCGGUGUGGUGAGUUGGGGUGAAGGAUGUGGACGAGUCAAUAAACCCGGCGUUUACAGCAGAAUCACUCCGCUCCUGCACUGGAUUCAUCAGUACAUCAGUGAUGAAAACGAAGAGUCCCUCUCGACGGUCACCACACAGAGCGAUCCCUUUUAAAAAAACAGUGUCAUUAAUUAUUAUUACACAGAUUGUACAAGGCUUUAAUCUCAUAACUGAUAGCUGAAAGCUUUGUGAGAGUGCAUAUCAUGUGUAACAAAGGCUGCAAUAAAAGAUCUUUA